AGUAAAACCCACUUGGCAACACUGUUUCAAUAGGAAUUAGCGUGUACAUUUUCGCAAAAUAAUAUAAAUACACUGUCGCGGAGACUCGCUAAAAUGGGCAGCGCGCUGGAAAACUAUGUAAAUCAGGUGCGCACGCUGAGUGCCUCCGCAAGCUACCGGGAACUGGCCGACGAGCUGCCCGAGUCACUGUCAUUGCUGGCCCGCAACUGGAGCAUCCUAGACAAUGUCCUCGAAACGCUGGACAUGCAGCAGCACACGCUGGGCGUUCUGUAUGUCCUCCUGGCCAAACUGCACAGCUCAUCCACUGCGAAUCCGGAACCGGUGCAGCUUAUCCAUCUAAUGCGCGACUUUGUCCAGCGAAACAAUACUGACCAGUUGCGCUUUGCCGUAUGCGCCUUUUAUGAAACGUGCCACUUGUUUUCUGACUUUUUGGUGCAAAAGGGCAUGAGUGUUUUGGGCAUCCGCAUCCUGUCCCGUGCCAUCGACCAAAUCCGUCAAAUGGACACUCAGCUCACACCCAUCCACGCCGAUCUCUGCCUGCUAAGUCUGAAGGCGAAAAACUUUAGCGUGGUUAUCCCCUACUUGGAUGCAGACAUCACAGAUAUAUCGACCGUAGCCGCCGAGUGCAAAACACAACAGCAACAGCCAAACCAGCACACAGACGCCAACAAUGACGCCAAGUACUUCUUGCUGUAUUACUACUACGGCGGAAUGAUCUACACGGCGCUGAAGAACUACGAACGCGCUCUCUAUUUCUUCGAGGUGUGCAUUACCACCCCGGCGAUGGCCAUGUCACACAUCAUGCUGGAGGCCUACAAAAAGUUUCUCAUGGUUUCACUGAUCGUCGAGGGCAAGAUAGCGUUUAUACCAAAAAACACACAGGUCAUCGGACGCUUUAUGAAACCGAUGGCCAAUCACUACCACGACCUGGUCAACGUGUACGCCAAUUCGUCCAGCGAAGAGCUGCGGAUCAUCAUCCUCAAGUACAGUGAAGCAUUUACGCGUGAUAACAAUAUGGGACUAGCGAAGCAGGUUGCCACCUCCCUCUACAAGCGAAACAUCCAGCGGCUAACGAAAACCUUCUUGACGCUCUCCCUGAGCGAUGUAGCUAGUCGUGUCCAGUUAUCCAGUGCCGCCGAAGCAGAACGUUACAUCCUUAAUAUGAUAAAAUCAGGUGAAAUCUAUGCCAGCAUCAAUCAAAAGGAUGGCAUGGUUCUGUUCAAGGACGAUCCAGAAAAAUACAACUCACCGGACAUGUUCCUCAACGUGCAAACGAAUAUUUCUCAGGUUUUGGAGCUAGUUAAGCAAAUAAAUAAAAUGGAAGAGGAGAUUAUACUGAACCCCUUGUAUGUGAAAAAGGCUCUUGGCAGCCAGGAUGAUGACCUUACGUCGCAGCAUCCAAAGACUUUCUCGGGCGAUCCCACAGAUUGAUGAUGCCACCGCCGUAGAUCCACCAGCAGUUCGAUCCACCUGCUACCACUUCAACGCUCAUCAUCCAAUUCCCAAACAUCAUUUCCCACAUAUGUACAUCGUGUCGCAGCGGCGAGGCCCUGGGCCUAAGUGCUGAUACUCAUCCAGCUAAAACAACAUAAAACUGCGCUCUUAUUGCAAAUUUAUAGAUGAACAUGCUAUUUUAAAUAAACUAUGUAUAAAUCUAUGACUAA